UUUGCUAGGUGGAGUACGUUUGAUGAAGGGAGGGAAACAUUGGACACAGCCACCAUGAAUAUCUGACAACUCCCCUGAGCCGACUUCCGAUGAACACGCAUUGUUAUCACCUUCCAACAGUUAUAUACCUGCUUGCUGCUCUUUUCGUUAUUUGACAACUGUGGAACAAGUCACCCACGCGCCAGUGUCAGAAGUUGCCACGCUAACCAACGCUAGCUCCUGCUCUUUUUUCCCACUCUUUUUCCACGUCGCUAUGUUUUCUCUGUUGGACUUGAAACUCCCUGCACAAAGAGCCGUCAUUUUAUUGUAACGGAUUGUUUGUUUGUUUUUUUGUUUGUUUUUUUUAGCUUCAAAGUAAGCGUAAUUUUGACCGUUUUCCCCCGUUCCUAAAAACGAAGCUAUCACCCUGUCACAGAAAUGGGACUACACCCGCUCGAGUUUAGUGAAUGCUAUCUGGACAGCCCCGGCUUCAGGGAGAAAAUAAAGGCACACGAAGCGGAGCUGGACAAAACUAACAGAUUCAUCAAAGAGCUGUACAAAGAUGGGAAGAACCUCAUCAAUGCAACGAAGCAGCUUGUGAUGGCACAGCGAAAGUUUGCCCACUGCCUGGGAGAGUUUCAGUUUGAGUACGUCGGCGAUGCGAAGACCGAUGAUGAGAAAUGUAUCGAUGAAUCUUUGCAAGAGUUCUCCUCAUUCCUCAAGAACCUCGAAGAACAAAGAGAGCUGAUGAUGAGAAACAUCACAGAAACCUUAAUGAAACCCCUGGAGAAGUUCAGGAAAGAGCAUCUUGGUACAGUCAGGGCGGAAAGAAAGAAGUAUGAGAAAGAAACCGAGAAGUACUACAGCUCUCUGGAGAAGCUUCUGAAUAUGUCGGCAAAGAAGAAAGACACGCAGCUACAAGAGGCAGACAGCCUGGUGGAAACCGUGAAGCUGCGCUUUCAGGAGGAGUCACUGGAAUACGUGUGCAAACUGCAGGAGAUCCAGGAGAGAAAGAAGUUCGAGUGUGUGGAGCCGAUGCUGGCCUUCUUUCAGACCAUCUUCACCUUUUAUCACCAGGGCUUCGAGCUCGCCAACGACUUUAACCAUUAUAAAAAAGCCCUGCAGAUCAAUAUUCAGAAUACAAGGAGUCGAUUUGAGGGCGCCCGGUCAGAGGUGUACGAGCUAAUGAAGAGGAUCAGGGAGACACCUCAAGAAUACAGACAGACCAGUCCUAUCAGUUGUGAAGGUUACCUCUAUGUACAAGAAAAACGGCCCCCUCCCUUUGGUUCCAGUUGGGUCAAGCGCUACAGCACAUUCGUCAAGGAACAGAAGAUUCUGCACAUGGUGACCUUCGACCACAGAUCUGGUGGCAAGAUUGGGGAGACCGAGUCCGUCACGCUCAAGUCCUGUCUCUGCAAGUCGACAGACAUGUUUGACAGGAGGUUCUGCUUAGAACUCGACAUAACCGAUCGGCCAGGCACAGUGUUGACAGUCCAGGCUCUCUCCGAGGAUGACCACAAGUUCUGGAUGCAGGCCAUGGGCGGGAAGGAAUCUACUGGACACUGUCUUGGGAUGACUUAUUCCAAAGAAAGAGGAAUUGAUGCCCAGCUGGAUGAUGUAGGUUUGAGUUUGAUGAAGAACUCCAUCAGCGCCAUCGAGACGAGAGGUAUUAAUGACCAAGGCCUGUACAGAGUGGUUGGGGUAAGCUCCAAGGUCCAGAAGCUCCUCUCAUUAAUGAUUGUUGAGAAGAGCGACGAAGUGGAUCUGUCCACCAGCGAGGACUGGGACGUAAAGACGGUAACGAGUACACUGAAGCUGUAUCUGAGGAGCCUUCCUGAGCCGUUGAUGACCUAUGGACUUUACAAAGAGUUUAUUAGCCUUGCAAAGGGCGGUAGUCCAGAGUCUCGCAUCCAGGCCGUUCACCGCCUGGUCCACAAACUACCGGAGAAGAAUCGGCAAGUCCUCGGGCUGCUCAUGAAGCAUCUGGCCAAUGUGGCGGCUCACAGUAAACAGAACCUGAUGACCGUGGCCAACCUGGGCGUGGUGUUCGGCCCCACAUUAAUGAGGCCACAGGAGGACACCGUCGCUGCCAUCAUGGAUCUUAAGUUCCAGAACAUUGUGGUGGAGAUCCUCAUUGAACAGAAUGAAAAGAUCUUUGCAGAUGCUCCAGAGUCCUGCCCUCUUUCACCUGCUGCCCCAGUAUUCUCUGCUCCCACAAGGCAGUCCAAGAAAUCGCUGAAUCGACAGAAUCGGCCUCUGGCUGUCUACAAUCCACAAGCCCUAGACAUUCAGAAUGUGUCAGCAGUGGGAGAUGGUUCCAGUCUAGCUGCAGAUGAGACAUCAAUGGGCAGCAAUGAGUCCGUAUCGUCCCAGUCAUCGUCGGCCUCGGCCUCGGAGAUGCCUGCAGAGAAGAGUGACCACGUCCCACUGAGCACCAGCCUCAGCUCAGGCAGCAACUCCAGGGCCCCCAUAGCAGGAGCCUCCUGCUCCACGACUGGAGACCCAGGAGAGAGCCAACCUGCUUCAGGCACAGCUGCCUCUGACGAGGAAAAGCCAGAGGAGAGUGUCACCAGCAGGAAAGCCAAGGCAGUGUACCCAUGUGAGGCUGAGCACGACUCUGAGCUCUCCUUCCAGGUCGGCGCAAUAUUCAACGCCGUGACCCAGUCGAGAGAACCGGGCUGGCUAGAGGGCGAGCUGGAGGGAAAGAGGGGCCUCAUCCCUGAAAACUAUGUGGAGAUGCUGUAGCGCCGAAUGGGAAUAUUUAUGGACACGUUAUCUAUCACCUUCCACCGGGGGAGAAACUAUGCGGAGAUGCCGUGUGCCUCGACGCUGACGUUCACCAAAGAGCCUUGUUUAUCCCAAUCCCUGAAUCCUCUCGAGCAAGUGACAUUAUGUUAUUACUGGUGGUCCAUUCGAGUACGUACAUGCAUUGUUGGCGGGCAAAGUAGACUUUUGCGAAGCAUGUUUUCUUUGUUUGAAUUUACUUCGAGUAUCCAGCAUUGUAAUUACAAAAUGGGUUUGCACUCAGAAUAUUCGGCUGCACACAAAGAUGCAUCACGGUAGCUUUGUAGCAGCAGCCUCGAGGCCUCGCGCUCCCUCCCUCGGUUAUCCAUGGUAUCCAUGAGCUCCCAAGUCGACCAGCGAUCCUCAGAAACUGCAAGGAAGAAUGUCAGUACUCGAUUCCCUGUAACCUAUUUUUUUUUCGUGAAGUAGUUUUUUUUGCACCGAGUCCAGCAGCGUUCGACCCUCUCGACAAUGAUGCACAGUUUUGUUUUCAGCUUUUAAGAGAUUAGAGAGACUUUACUUUAACAAUCAGAUCACCCAGCGUAAAUGUAUGUACGGGUAUGUGUAUGUAAAUGAGUUGUGGUGUUACCGCUUUCACUUUGAAAAUGUUUCAUUUUUUUCCCCGUCAUUUAAGGAAUAUUUGGAUAUUCAGAAUGAGGCACAUCCCGAUUGUAAUUUAAUUGUAUUUAAUUGGCACGUUGAUUGCAUGACUUUUUAAUUUUAAAUUCACUGUGUACUGUCUUGUUCCUGGUGCACUCCUUCACAGAAACACAAUGAAGCGCCUCCUUGAUGACUGAUGAGCCUCUUGAGAUAAACACGCAGAGGUCCAUUUUAAUGAGGUAGUAAUGAUCGAAACCACGUUGGGCAGGUUUUCGGUGUCAAAUGAUCUGUUUUUGUUCUCUAAGCUUAUUUCUAACGUCGCUCGGUUUCCCCUGAGCAGAGAAAUGAGACACUCCCACAAAACUGACAUUUUAGCAUUGUUUUUAUCUUCAAUAUCGAGAGAGUAAGUGAUUAGAAAUCAAAGUUUUUUUUUAUCAAUAGGACCACAAAAUGCAGUAUUUUAAAGUUUUACAUUUGUGCAGUUUGUAUAACGUUUUAAAUAUUGAGAGCGUUAUGAAUGCCAAGUAUGUUUUAUAAUUCUCCGUUAUGUGAUGGACAGGUUCUAAUGUGGAUUGGUUUUAGCAUGUGUUCAUGUCUCAUUACAAUUCAUCAGUCAGCUGUUCAGCGGGACACUUUAAUAUUUCUGAGAGCUUUGGUUCAGCAGCAGAUUUAUGACUUUUUUAAAGGGCCUUGACUUCUUUCACUUUUAUACCUUUGGGUAUCUUCUUGAUCAAUGUUAAACAAAUAAAGAAUUGUUUUGUUCUUUA